AGGAGGAACACCAGCGAGAUGUGGCAGCAGCAGUGGCCAGGCCUCGGCCCCAUGCCGAGGAGCGGGGCGAAGGCAUGCCCAGGCGCCGGAGGAACAUGGGGACCAGGAUGCUGGCUGAGAGGAGAGCGCAGCAGGUAGACAACUGGGCAGACGAGGAGGAGGAUGGAGAUGAGGCUCCGGAGGUUCAGGUCUCUGGGAAAAUUGGAGCAAAGAAACAGAGGAAGUUAGAGGAGAAACAAGCCCGAAAAGCGCAGCGAGAGGCUGAAGAAGCAGAGCGUGAGGAACGGAAAAAACUCGAGUCAAAGAGAGAGGAGGAAAGACGGAAAGAAGAGGAGAAAUUGCGUCUUGAGGAAGAGAGACAGGAAGAGGAAAAGAAGAAAGCCAAAGAGGAGGAGGAACAGAAGGAGUAUGAAGAGUACCUGAAGCUGAAGGAGAGUUUUAUUGUGGAAGAGGAAGGUGUUGAAGAAGCAAUGACCGAAGAAGAGUCUCAUAGCUUGCUAAUGGAAUUUCUCAGCUACAUCAAGAGUACAAAGGUGGUUCAGCUGGAGGACCUGGCUUCCCAUCUGGGUUUGAGGACACAGGAUGCAAUUAAUAGAAUACAAGACCUGAUGGCAGAUGGUACUCUGACAGGUGUUAUCGAUGACCGAGGAAAGUUCAUCUACAUCACCCCGGAGGAGAUGGCCGCUGUGGCUCAAUACAUCAGACAGAGAGGACGAGUCUCCAUUGCCGAACUGGCCCAAGCAAGCAAUUCCUUGAUCAACCUGCAGCCUGACAGCAAAGCAGUAACUCAGACUGUGGCAUGAGGAUACAUUCCACGGUGUGGGAGGACACAGCAAUGUUGGCCUUUAAAAAAAAAAUCCUGUCUGUUUUUAAUGAUGAGAGAGGGGAUAUGAUGGUCACAUCCCAACAUGAAUUGGGGGACUUCAUCAGGAGUUCUGCUUCCAAAUGGAUUAGAGUAGGUAAUUGGAAUAAAAUGGGGUUUCAUUAUUUUGUUUUGCAAAGGAUGCUGGAGAAGAACUUGGCAAAACUGCACUUUCUCUCUCUCGCUUUUGCUCUGGCUCAGGGAUUUCAGUUAUAGUGCCUGAUUACUUUGUCACGUCAGUGCAUAGCCCUCACGCCCAGGCACACCCAUAAGCACAUCUAAGCAGUCCGGAUCCCUCUCAAGACUCAGAAACCUGCAUUGUUUGUGGGCAGAAAGAUUGUUCUGGGUAAGUACACACCAUCCCAGACACCCAUUGGCUCCCAGAUUCCUGUGUCCACUUCACAUCCACGUAACAAAAUUACAGGGGGUUUAUCCAGCUAGUUGUGCAGCCUAAAUUCUAGUUUUAAAGUAGUCUAGCAUGCCUGGAUUCAGGUGAGGAAAACAGAUCUAUCAUGAUACCUGCAGCUUUUGCUGUAUCUUCCAGAAUUGACCAGGAAGAUAAAAAAGAAGAGAUUAGACCUUUCUCUCUCUAUAGCACUUCCCAGGUUCAGAGAACUUCAAACAUUGAAUCUUUGCAGCCUGUGGCACAUAAAAGACCUCCAUCGGAGGCAUAGAAUGCCAAAAGCACGCUGGCCAACUCAAAAGCCCUCUUUGUUGUGUCUGUAGCCAGAAAGACAGGAACAUCCACACACGCAGAGAUGAGCUCCCCAUCUUAUUUUACAGGUCGGUCCUAAUUACUGCCGGCCUUGUGUGUUUCUCUUGUUACAUCCUGAUGUUCCACCCAUCUGAAGGCCUGUGCCAAGUCGGAGACACUGCUGGUUUCAAACACCUGUGUAUCGGCAGGUUUGGGUAUUCAAAUACUAGUAACACAGAGAACUGCCUUGAAGGACUUUCAGUGAUGCAAUUAAUGCCACGAGCAGCAUAUUACUAAGAUGCUAUUGUAUCACUUGCUUUAAAUAAGUUAAUUACUUUAGAGGAAAAAAUGAGUUUCAGUAUGGAAGACAUGUUUAACGUUUUUUUAAAAAGUAACCAUAUAAGUGCUUUGUUAAUUUUUCCUUCUUUCUGCAUUAAACACGUUGCGCUUGAGGGUAUGACACAGUAAUCGGGUACAGGGUUUUCGCUGUACCAGACUUCUAUUUGCACACACUAUGCUGAGGUAGAACUAAGCUGGAUAGACAUCUUGCUGUAAAUGAGAUAAGAUACUUGUGCAACAACCAAAUCAAGUGUGGUUCUCUCAACAGCUGGUACUGCUGGACAUGGCAGCUCUGGGCAGCAACACUGAGCAGUAGUGCUGCCAUGCAUAUUUGAUGCAAAAGCUGGUCUGUUUUACCAUCUCAGAGAGAGUCGGUAAUCAUCAAAGAAGAUGGUUGAUCUUAAAGCUUUUUAAGGUGUCUGAAUGAUUUCAAAUUGGUUCAGAGGUGCAUUGCUAUUUUGUUCUGUCCUAUCAUUGAAUAGGCUCUUCUUGUAGUGAAAUAAAGCCACUUGAGAAAAUU